CAGCUGAUCGGGUUGCACAGUUCAAAUGAUGAAGCUCGUUACAAGUUUGGUGACAUUUUGGUUAGUUUUGAAUUGCGUGUCCUGUUCAUUUGUGGUCGAUCCAGGACCAGCAGUGAAAGCCACACGAGGGGAAAUUUGGCCGAAACCAAAAGUGCAAUCAUCGACCGAAAACUACUUUGCCAUAGAUCCAGUUACGUUUCAAUUUAAGGUCACCGGUCAUACGUGCGAUAUUCUGGACAAGGCAAUCGAAAGAUAUUACGGAAUUGUGUUCAGUGUGGCGAACGAUGUUGGCAGCACGGAAACCAAUGCGAUCGGUUCGAGAAAUUUGUUUGCCAAGCAAGCGACGUUGGAUGAUUCAAAUUUCUUUGGCUUUCUGGAUGAAGUAGAAGUUCACCUAAAAGAACCCUGUGAAGAGUGGCCCUAUUUUGAAAUGGAUGAGUCGUAUCGAAUAUCCUUAAACAAAUUUGAGUACAAACUACAAUCGAGUACAAUUUGGGGAAUCCUUCGUGCUUUGGAAUCGUUCUCGCAAAUGGUUAUAUCUUGGAGUGGAAUGUUGCGAAUUAACUCGACCCUUAUCAUGGAUCGACCAAGGUUUCCUCACCGAGGUCUUCUGGUGGACACUUCUCGGCACUUCAUAUCGCUCCCAAUUCUUCUUCAAAUCCUGGACGGCAUGGCGUACAACAAGCUGAACGUGUUCCACUGGCACAUUGUGGACGACCAAAGUUUUCCUUAUCAUAGUGUGAAAUUUCCAGAGUUGAGCGAAAAGGGGGCCUACCAUCGGUCAAUGAUCUACAGCCCCGAGGACGUUCAAACUGUACUGGAAGAGGCUCGUCUGCGAGGUAUUCGGGUUAUGCCGGAAUUCGACACGCCCGGCCACACUCGAUCAUGGGGAGAAUCUCAUCCGGAGCUGCUGACUCCUUGCUUUGGCAAACUUGGACCCAUAGAUCCCACGAAAGAGUCCACCUACGCGUUCCUGUCCGGGCUGUUCCAAGAAGUGGCUGGAGUGUUCCCCGAUCGAUACUUCCACCUUGGUGGUGACGAAGUGGCCUUCGACUGUUGGCAAAGCAAUUCCGACAUCACGGAGUUCAUGGACGACAACCAGAUCGUCGAUUACGGAAUCCUGCAGGCACGCUUCACCCGACGGGUCGUCGAUCUUGUAGACAGACUGAACAAAAGCUCACUAGUCUGGCAGGAAGUGUACGAAAACGCUGACAACCUUCCCGACGGAACCGUCGUCCAGGUUUGGACCGGCGAUCAGAAGCAACUGCUCAAGAAAAUCACCGGCGACGGCCUUCCGGCACUACUAUCCGCCUGUUGGUACCUCGAUCACCUCAGCUGGGGUGGAGACUGGCAAAAGUUUUACAACUGUGAGCCGCGGGCCUUCCCCGGAACACAAGACCAGAAGAAACUGGUGAUGGGCGGAGAAGCGUGCAUGUGGGGUGAAGUGGUCAACGAUCGGAACAUUCUGCAGCGGAUCUUUCCGCGAGUGUCGGCAGUUGCGGAAAAGUUGUGGUCUCAGCGGAAUGUGAACGACACCGUGGAGGCGGCAGCGCGACUUGAAGAGCAUUCCUGCAGGAUGAAUCGACGGGGUAUUCCGGCGCAGCCACCAAACGGACCGGGUUAUUGUUUGUGAAGGUUUUCUAUGUAAACAUUAUUUGUUCAAUAAGACGAAAAUGUUAAACUAUUUUUAAAAGACCCCAACAUUGAACAAUUUUAACAACUCUCGACAAACUUCACCAAGCAGCGAGUUUGAUAAGCAUUCUGAGAACUUACGCUGCUUACGUUGGUGAACCCCCCUUGUCUGGCCAUAAUAACAAUUAUAAACCACCCGGAGAUUAUGGCAAACACAACACAUCAAUUAAAGUGAUAGUAUGGACGGUUUGUGUUGAGUAAUUAGUUAACUUUUGGCUGUAAGUGGAACCAUCAAACACAAACACUGUACAUUUAACCGUAACUUGGUGCUUAACUAUUCAG